CAAAAUGGCGGCUCUCUUAUACUAGAAACUAGUAAAGAUAUAAAGAAACCGGAUUGCGGUAUUUUAAAAUCUUUCUUUGAGUGCAUGUCAUGAAAAGGCAUAUCGAAAUAAUUGAACUCUUACAGAAAAUAGAAUUAAUGAACAGUAAUGUUUUUCUUUCAUUAUUCAAUUUUUUUUAAAUCAUGAACGAUACUGUACCAUACUGUCUGCGUGCAUGACUAUUAGAAGAGCAUAGCCCCAAAGCCUGAGAAGGCUAGCAGUGUUUUCACCUUCGAUGCUUAAAGGAAGAGUAGAAAACAAGUGACAUUAAAAGCUCAAGUGCAGUAAAUAUUGUAGAAUAUUUAUUAGAUUGAAAGGUCGCAAAGAAAUUAUGGCACAUCAGCAUGAGGAGGCAUUCUUCAAGAAUCUAAUGACUGAGGUGCACUCAUUGUGGAGGCAAGAGCAAUUGUGUGAUGUACGACUAAAAGCACAAAAUCAAGUUGUAUCAGCUCAUAGGGUAGUCCUGGCUGCUGUGAGCCCUUAUUUUAAAGCAAUGUUUUGUUCUCACCUUGAUGAAAGCCAGCAAACUGAAAUAGAAAUUCAGGGGCUUAGUUCAAGUGUUCUACACAUGAUAGUGGAGUAUGCUUACACCUCGGUGCUUUUGCUGACAGAAGAGAAUGUACAGAUGGUGUUACAUGCAGCAUCCAUCAUGCAUAUUUCAUCUCUAGAACAUUUGUGUACCAAAUUCUUGAUGGAACAGUUGCAUCCAUCCAACUGCCUAGGGAUUAGAGAUUUUGCACAGUGUCUUGGGUGUUUUACACUAUAUGCUUCAGCAGACAGUUACUGCCAAGACAAUUUUCUAGAAGUUUCACAAAAUGAUGAGUUUUUGCAUUUGUCUGCUACUCAAGUUGUUGACCUGGUUGCACGUGAUAAACUAAAGGUGCGCAAAGAGGAAGAAGUUUACACAGCAGUCAUGAGGUGGCUAGAAUUUGAUCCUGAGGGACGAGUAGAAGACAUGGUCAAGAUCAUGGAGAAUGUGAGGCUGCCAUUGGUACAGUGGGAGUUCCUCAUGGGUAAAGUCAGCAAACAUAAGCUCUUCACCAACAAUGAACAAUGUCGUCACUAUUUCCAGGAAGCAAGGGCAUUUCAAGCCAGCAUCUAUCAUCCUGACCUCCUGAACUUUGCUUUCAAUGAGUCUGUCCUGCGUGCUCAACCACGAGUAGGUUUUGGGGCCACUGAAUAUUUGUAUGCUGUGGGUGGAGAAACUACAAAUCGAGAUAUUCUCUGUAGAUUGGAAAGCUUUAAUCCCAUCACAAAUAAGACAAAACAGCUAACACCUAUGCCUACAAUCCGCCGUAGCCUGAGUGUUGUCGUAAUAGAAAAAAUGCUUUAUGCCAUUGGUGGAUCUGAUGGAACAAGUGCUAUAAACACAGUGGAGAUGUACAACACUGAAAAAGAUACAUGGAUGCCUAGAGCAGGACUGUGUGAACCUCGAGCCAGUUUGUCUGCUGCUGCAGUGGAUGACAAAAUAUUUGCUCUUGGUGGACAUAAUGGCUUGAAUGCUUUGCGGUCGGUGGAGAUAUAUGAUGUAGACACCAAUAGCUGGUCUGCAACAACAGAAAUGCUAUCAUCCCGGAGCAUGGCAGCAGCUGUCAGCAUACACAGUCAGAUUUUUAUUUUGGGAGGCUAUGAUGGCAGCAUGGAUCUAAGUUCAGCAGAAGUGUUGGAUACAAGGAACUUUCAGUGGAAGCCAAUUUCUAGUAUGCAUGAAGCCAGAUCUAUGAUGGAUGCUGCAGUUCUUGAGGAAAAGAUCUUUGUAGUAGGAGGAAGCAGUGAAUCUCAGUGCCUGGCCAGCGUGGAAGCCUAUGAUCCCAGCACUAAUCAGUGGACAGUUGUCCAAUCUCUCAAUAUACCUCGGCGUGGUGUUGGGGUAGCUUUCAUUGGUGGCUCCAUCUAUGCUGCUGGAGGUCAUGAUGGCAAUACAUAUUUGAACAGCAUUGAGAAAUAUUGCAAAUACAGUAAAGAAUGGACAACAGUGGGCUGUAUGGAGGACUUCAGAGGCCGUUUUGGGUUUGCAUAACAAAGAUGUAUGGUGUGUAUGCAUGUUAUGGGAACAUUCAAGAAUCUACAAACAUAUUAUGACGUCUCACUCUAGUCAUGAUAUUUAGACUUUUGCUGUCAGUAUUUUUGAUACAGAGUAUUACAAUUUUGAUAUGUAAUAUUAAAAUCCAGACAGACAUCCAUUUCCACAAAUAUACAAACUUAUUAUCACUUCAUCAAUAAAUGAAUUAUUAUUAUACACUUUAGAUAAUUUUUUCUUUAGGUUUAUGUUUGCUAAUGUGGUUGCUGAUGGCUUCAGGUAUUCGACUUAAGUGCAUUAAUUUUCUGUCUCCAAGCAUAAUGAGAACUUUUACAAUUACCAUCCAGUUUUUAUAAAGAUUUUCAAGAUGGUAUUACAUUGUAUUUUUUCACUUUAAUAACAUUAAAAUUUAUCAUUUAA